GCCGGGAGCGCGCGCAGGUACGGCGGCCGCGCGGGGCGGGCGGAGCUGCCGCCGCCAUGGGCUGGGAGGAGACGGAGGUCCGCGGGUACGACGAGUUCGUACGGACGGCGCAGCGCUACCACGGCCGGCCCAUCUUCGCGCUCUUCUGCGGCGACAAGGACGCCGAGGGCAGGAGCUGGUGCCCUGACUGCGUGACGGCUGAACCAGUUGUGAGGAAGGAACUUCAUAACCUGCCUGAUGAGUCGGUUUUCAUCUACUGCCUAGUGGGAGAUAGAGCCUACUGGAAGGAUCCCAACAAUGAAUUCAGGAGGAAUCUGAAACUAACAGGAGUGCCUACACUACUUAAAUAUGGAACACCUCAGAAGCUGGUUGAAGAAGAAUGUUUUAAAGCAGAGCUUGUGCGGAUGUUGUUUACUGAAGACUAAAUCCCUCAUUAGCCAAUCACUGAUGAAGAUGGUAAUCUCAAUUACUGCAGUGUCCUUUCAAGGAAUCAUUGACCUCUGUUAAAACUUUCAUGGUUAAUUACUUCAGACUAGUCAAGAGAAGUGUUAUUAAAUUCUGGGUCCAAACCUUACACUGAAGUCUUACAACAAAAAACUGUAUCUUUCCUUUCAUGUUCAAAUAAACCUGACUUUGUAAACA